AUGGUGGAAGAGGCGAAUCAAUCCUACUCGGUUGCACGGCUGCAGGAGCGCGUGCAGGGCACCCGAAAAAUAGACCUAGGCGAAACGGCACGUAGCCGUCGCAUGUUGUCGCUCCGGGAACUCCGGAUGAAUGUAGUGGAAUCGAAAAGAUCGUACUUUUUUAAAAAAUUGCAGCAACUGUUCCCGGUACAGGAGGGUGCCGAGGGAGAAAUCACUGAUAUUCAGAUCGAUGAAGAUAAACUGGAGCCAGAAAUCCACCAGGAGAUGGUAAAACAGGAAGUUUCAGGUGAUUUGGAGGCAAAAGAACUGCAUGGGGAAGGCGUUGAUAAAGACGAAGAGCGCACAGGCACCGUGCCAGAUUCAACAGACAGAAUAUACGCGAUCAUGGGCCGUGGGGGACCAAAGCGACACAACCUUCUCCCCAUAGAUAUUGCUAGUGUCUUCACAACACACGAAUUCCUGGUGGCUACUGAUGGUGAAAUCAGGGAGGAGGCGCUAGCACUGAAGAAGAGCCUAUUGUUUGUGCGCCCAGAGGGUCACAGGGUGCUCGUCAAGGUUAACAACUUCUGGGCGACGGAAUAUACUAGGGAGGGUCGGGUAAGGCACAAAUUUAGUGCUCCAUUCACCAAGGGACCGACCGUGCUCGACUGCAUCGUCAAGGACUACGAUGAGCAAAAUAAAAUCCCAAAUGAGGAGCUCACAUACUUCGUCAUUGAUGUCCUGAUGUACAACGGCUGCUUGAUGGCGACUGCAGACACUGAGUGUCGCACGUUCUUCCUCAAAAGCAGGCUCGAGGAAUCGGGGGCGAUGGAGAGCAGGCCCCGCUUCGUCAUGGUGGAAUACCAAGAGUGCAAUCCAAUGACGAUGAGGGACGCUUAUUACCGCAUUGACAACAUCGCUUACGAAAGGGACUCGAUAGUGUUUGUCGACCGAUCAGCGAGUUACGUCGGUGGAUACAACCCACACUGGCUCUGCUGGAGGGACGAAAACACGACCAAGUAUAUCAGAAUCAGUAAAAACGGCCUGGCACCGGCACGGGUAAUAUGUGACCACAACGAGAAGGUGCUCAAGACGCUCGAUGGCGUAGUUGUCGGUCAACUGCCCAAAAAGUACGAUUCGGAACGCGACAAAAUUACAACGUAA